AUGGACAGAAACACUGACAGAAGUCCACCGAAACAGCUGAACCAGAAGGCUAUGAAUGCACUUGCUCAAAAUGCACAUGAUGGAUUGCUGGUUACACACAUUAACCAGACUCAGGACUUACUGAGGCUGCAGGAAAGUGAGACUCGGGCCUCAGCUCUGGAAGACCCUGAAGACUGGCUUUCAACUCACAGUUUACAGUUUGAGAAACUCACCUUAGCUGACCUGAUAAGCCAGGGCACAGUUGAGCUGGAGGAGCAAAGCAAUGCUGUGCCCAAAGUGCAUUUUUCUACACAGACCAUCCACCACUUUGAAUCAAGGCUUUCUGACACUAUUGAACUCUACCAGCAGAGGAUUCAGUGGCUCACAGAGAACAGCAAGAAGGCAUUUGGCCUCAUCAAGGGCACAAGAGUGGGCCUCCUCAUCGAUGUAUCCCAGAGCAGCGGUGGCCCUCAGAAAGAGGAAUUCCAAAAUGACCUCACAAGUCUUGCUGAUGAGCAGCUGAGCCUCAAGGAAAAACUGUAUGUCCUGUCCUUCGGUGCCACCACCAAAGCCCUCUGGCCCAGCCCUGUGGAAGUCAGCACCUCCACCCUCCAGGAACUCAAGCUCUGGGUAAAGAAACUACGGCCUAAGGGAAGCAGCAAUCUGCUACAAGCCUUGAAGAAAGUCUUUGCUUACAAGGACUUGGAUUCUCUGGUGAUCAUCCUGAGAAGCUGCCCAGAUCAACCUUCUGAAUUCUUGUCUGACUACAUCCAGCAGUCCAGCCUGGGACGUGACCUGUUCAUUCAUGUCACCACCUACAAAUGUGACGACUGUGUGCCUUCUGCUGUUCUGAAGAACCUCGCAGAUACACUUGGAGGUUACUACCACUGCUACAGCCCAGAAUCCGAGCUCUAUACCAGCAAGGAUGUGGAUGAGCUCCUGGCAGAGACCCAAAAGGCUAGACAGCUCCUCAGCCAGGUGCAAGCCCUGUGCUACAGCAGUCCAUCUGAAGAGCUGGCCUGCAUGAUCAAGGAAAUCUCUACAAAGAUUGCCAAAGGGCCCUUCACAAGUCUCUUGCCUAAACCCCCAAAACAUGAAGCUCCUCUCAAAAUCAAGUUCCCAGACUUGGACAAGACUUCUGCAGAAUGGCUGAAGGUCUAUGGUCUAAAAGCCAAGAAGUUAAACCUUUAUCAGAUUCUGGCACCCAGUGCUUUCAAUCCUGUGGAAGAAUUUGUGCCUAUUCUCCAGAAAACAGUAUCAGCCACUGUCCAUGAGAAAGCAAUGGUGCAGUUUGAAUGGCAUGAUGGAACGAUGAAGAAUAUCCAUGUGGACCUACCCUUCCUCUAUGACUACCAGAAGCAGCUCGGGAAAGCUGUGGAGAUGUAUGAGAGUCGGCUCCAGUGGCUCUCCCUAGCCAGCAGAAGAAUCUGGGGCAUUGUCCGUGAAAGGAGGGUGGUUAUACUGCUGGACGUCUCGGUGACUAAUUCCACGUACAUUAUUCAUAUCCAGCACUCCCUGCGACUGCUGCUGGAGGAGCAGAUGUCCAACAAAGACCAGUUCAACAUCAUUGCGUUUGGAAGCACAAUUGAGAGCUGGAAGCCCGAGAUGGUUCCUGUGAGCCAUGACAACUUACAGAGUGCCUGGCGGUGGGCCCUGGGCCUGAAGUGUCAAGGAAGCAGAAAUGUCCUCAGCGCCCUGCGGAAGGCUAUAGAAGUGGACUUAAAGGACAAAGUCAAAUAUGAGUCUCAGGGCAUCUAUCUCUUCACAGGGGGUGUCCCUGACCAAGAUGUGCAUGUACUCAGUGCCUAUGUGACAGAGGCCUGUGCUGGUUGCGACCUCCAGCUGAGUGUCUGCCUCUUCUACGUGGGCGAACCACAGAUGGACACCAUGCCCCCUGUCUGCUAUGCCAGCCGUGCUGAUACUGCUGCUGCCUACAAAAAGAUCACCCAGGCUGCCCGAGGUCGCUUCCUCUGGUUUGGAGAAACAGGUAUCUAUGAGAGUGAUGACAUCACUGCCAUUGUAUCUGAAAUAGAAAAAGCCCUCAACUACUCCCAAAAGUGUGCCUUCCUCGUGGCCUCUCUGAAGAACCAUUCAGGAAAAGAACAGCAAAGUGCAGCCCUCCAGAAAGACAAGCCAAGGACGCUCAAGCAAAGCCAGCCCAAGAAAUUCUGUCCUCCCAAGCCCACAGCCCCUUCAGUGGCUAGAAUGAACAUCAAAGAUGACCUGGAUAGAACAACAGCUCCCCAGCUGAAAUCUCUGAAAUAUCAUCCGCUCAAUGGUGAAGCAAGCAUCUCCCCAGAUGCAUCCCGACCUGGAAAACAAGGGAUGGUGGAAUGGAGAAGGAAGGCCAAGCCCAGGGCAGAAGAGACAGCAUUCUUUCUGUUCUACAUGGAGUCUGGGAAUAGUGUGGGUUCUGUGUACAAGAGGUACCCUCAGGGAAAGUCUAUUAGAAGGACUAACUCCUUUAUCGAUCUACCCAGGAAGAACACUGUUUGCUCAAGUCGAGAGUGGAUAGCCACCUGUGGGCUGAAGAGACUGAAACUGGAUCUCUCCAAAUGCCUGGGUCCCAACUGUAGACAUCAAAGGUCAGGCCGGGGAUUGGCAUCAGCCAAACACUGCAGUCUCUUCCCCAGUGUAGAAAUCAAUGGAGUAGUGAGACACAUCCAGUGGACGCUGUGGGAGAUGGAGGCAUACAUCACAUGCAUGGAGAAGGUGAUGAGGUGCUAUGUGCAGAGGCUGCAGUGGCUGCUGUCUGGGAGCCGCAGGCUGUUUGGCACCAUCUCGGAAAGCAACGUGUGCAUCCUGCUGGAUAUGUCGGGGUCCAUGGGCCCCCACUUGCUGCAGAUGAAGACAGAGCUUGUUUUGCUGAUUUGGGAGCAGCUGAGGAAGCACUGUGACAGUUUUAACCUGCUCAGCUUUGCAAAGGACCUGAAGCCCUGGCAGAACACUCUGGUGGAGAGCACAGACGCGUCAUGUCACGAGGCUAUGCAGUGGGUGGCCCAUCUACAAGCCCAGGGGAGCACUUCAGUCUUAGCAGCUUUAAUGAAAGCCUUCAGCUUUCCAGCUGUGCAAGGUCUGUAUCUCCUGACCGAUGGGAAGCCAGACACAAGCUGCAGCCAUAUUCUCAACACUGUCCAAAGUUUCCAGAAGAAGAGAGAUGUGAAGGUGCAUACUAUCUCCCUGACCAGCACAGACAGUGCAGCAGUUGAGUUCCUGAGGCAUCUGGCUUCCCUCAGCGGAGGACGUUACCACUGCCCUGUUAGCGAUGACGCCCUCAGAGGGAUUCACGGCUUGCUCACCAGAGGCUUCAUCAAGGAAACGGAUCCCAUGUUGCCAUUGUUUGAGGGUGAUGACUUAAAGAUACUGGCCCAAGAGGUCACCAAGGCUAGAAGCCUCCUCAAGCAAGCCCACAUCUUCAGGUACGCUGGUCAGGCUGCCUCUCCCACCUGUUAA